AUGGUCGGAUCCCUGCAUACUAAACGCAGGUACAUGCAAACAUCUGAAGGCAACUGGCGAAUGGGGAAACUAGCUAACCAUAUAAGCAAAUAUGUCGGGGAGGUGGCUGGGUUUGGGUAUCCUGGUCAGCCACUUGUAUACUCGACACAGGUACAUGCAAAGAAACGAGAAACUGUCCAACCACUUGUGCAGACAAAUCGGGCUGGUGACUGGGGAAAUAUAGGUUAG